GGAUGCCGGAAGUGACUGCGUGCGAAUCGGCGCGUUUGGAGGCCGGGAGAGCUGAGGUACCUGUGCUAGCAGCUGCUUUCAGCCUGCAAGAUGCCGGGUCUGGCGGCCGCAAGCCCUGCUCCUUCUGAGACGCAGGAGAAGAAGCCGUUGAAGCCAUGCUGCGCCUGCCCGGAGACCAAGAAGGCGCGCGAUGCGUGCAUCAUUGAGAAAGGAGAAGAGCACUGUGGACACCUAAUUGAGGCCCACAAGGAGUGCAUGAGAGCCCUGGGAUUUAAGAUAUGAAAUGGUGAGCAUGGUACUCUGAUUGGGAAGGUGGUCUGCUCUGUGAAUGACUAAUUCCUGAAGAAUGAAGAUAAUUUGAUAAUUUGGGGAGUUCUUUAUUGAACUUUGAUAAAUGGAAAAAGAAUUUAUAAUUUAUUAAAGAAAAAAAGGAAAUUCCUUUGUCAAAAGUC